GAGUGUCGGGGUUCAUUGGGUUCGGCUUCUCCCAGCGUUUCCUGUCCUCGGCGCUCUGCGGAUCGACAGCCGAUCCUGUGGCUCGGGGCAUCGCCACGGGCGCGGCCGCCCAUGCGCUGGGUGCCGCCUGCCUGGUCGCCACAGAGCCGGAGGCAUUCGUCUGGGGCAUGCUGUCCAUGGCCGUCUCUGGGGUCGCCUCCGCCGCCUGGAUCUGCGCCUGCCAGUCCCGGACGCCCUCCGGGCAGAGCUACUGAGCCGACUCUCGGAUCCUGAUAUUUCUGAGGGCCGCUCUCUUGAUGCCGCGGACUGCGGGGAGGAAUGCUGGAGGCUCUGGUUGGCAUUCUCCCGUCUCGUGAAGGAGGCUAAUAGCUCGCAAACAGCUGGCGACACAGCCGCUGUGUGGAGGGAGUUUGCCUCAAAUGUCCAGCAUACUCACCAUGAAUCCAGGGGCCUGGUGAGCGCCCCAUGGAACGGUUAUGACCUGGCAACGCAUGGGGUGCCUGUUCUCCUUACAGAAAGGGGCACAGGUGGUGUUGCAGACGGGAUGGCGAUGGUGCGUGCUGGUGGACGCCCGCCCACCACAAACUUUGCUGAUUCCAGUCAUGAUUGGACACUUUGCGCUCACUUGUCGGGGGGAGGUGAUGAGCACCACCACAAUCACGACCACCUUGUCUACGUUGUCGUCAACAACAACUUUGACAGUAUCCAGGACUACGAGCACACAGAGCUCAACAUCUGCCACCUCGACCACGGAGACAUUCACAACAGCAACUUCCACAUCCCAGACCACAACCACCACAGAAUCGAACACAACGACUUCCAGCACCACCACUACCACAUACACGAACACGACGCAAACCAUCACAUCCUCCACGGCAACGACCCAAACAACCUCGCUGCUCGGCUGGAAUUUGUCAAGCUGACUUCGACCACCACCAGCUUCACGAGCACCAACACCACCACCACGACCUCCACGACGACCACCCAGGUCUACUUCCUCUCUGUCGACCUGGCUCAGCUCACGGCCACGCACCUGACCCUGAGCUUCAACUACCCUGCCAGGUGGGUGCAGGAAACAAACGUUACCUGGGGGUGCCACGCCUUGUUCGAUACCGUCACAGCCGAGAAGCUGGGCCUCUCACCGGGCUGCUCCAUGUCUGAGGAUUUAAAUCGCCUCCAGGUCGUCCUCGGCGAGCGGUCGUACCUGCAAGUUGGCGACCUGGUGACGCUGCUCUUCGGGGUCUUCGUUCCGGCCAGCGGGGUGUACCUGCCCACAGAAAUGGAGUCGACGGUGACGACGGAGGAGCCGGCGGUGGCGGUCCAUGCCGUGCUCGUCGCCCCGGACAUUUCUCCAGUCUGUGCCCGGCUGCGAUUCUCCACAGCGCUGUCUACGGGUUUCGCUGGACGUGCUCCCAGCGUUUCUUGGCAUUUCGGCAAUGGCACCCACGAGGACCUCGGAUCGCUGCUUCAGCCGGCGCUGGCCGAGGCCAGCGACUACGCCGAGCAGGUCUUGGAGAUACCUCCUGAGACCCUCUUCGCGGCCGUGUCGGAGGUGCAGGCCAACGAGUCCAACUGGUCGGAAAUGGUGCUGGAAGUCGUGAGUACGAUCACCAACUGGCACGGCGAGCAGGACGAAGCGACGGCAGUGCUAACUGUCCUCAAUGUGGAGGAGCCGCUGCCCCAAAUCGUUCCUGUCAUGCUCUCAGAGCUUGAGUUCCUACCAUCCGAAGAGGCGGAGAUGGCGGUGCAGGUCUACCCCUCCGAAACUGCGGCCUACUGUGUGGACAGCAUCCGCCGAAGUGGUCGGGUGGACACCAUCGUGCGCCAGGAGGGCAACGAGACAUGGAUAGAGACACUACCACCUGAGCCCGUGGCCCCUGCGGAUCCUGGGGUGAUCCGUAUCCGCUGGGAGUACCGACGACUGGACGAUGGUGCUUGCGUCUGGGUCAGCCACGCUGGAAACGAGUCCAACGAAACUGAGAACGCCUCCAAUGGUACCAACUUGUCUGAGUGGAACUCUACGGGCAACUUCUCCUGUGCCAUGAUGUUCUGGCAGCCCCUGGAGAACCUGCGAUUCGCCAACCGAGCCCGGGAUCCGAGCUCACUGCGCCUGCCGGCCUUCACCUUACCGCCCAACUCCAGCCAUCAGUUCCGGGCCUCGGCCUCCCGCGAGGAUCUGGAGGACUUCGGCAACCGGUCCACGGUGACCUACACGGUGAGCGUCCUGCCGCGCUCCAGGCCCAUGGUCUCUGUGAUCGGCCCGCCCGCGGCCUCCGCAUCCUGCGCCCUUGCCCUCAGGGCGGAGGCAUGGGAGGUUGCUUCAAUGGCUUCUCGGGGGCCGGGUGAGGGGCCCCGCUUCGAGUACGCCUGGUCCUGCCUGGUCGGCGACAUGGCGGAGAUGAACGAAAGCGAAGCCCACUAUGCAGAGCGCUGCCUGCCACGGUUGGCCCGUUGGGCAGGGCCCGAGCUGAGAGUUCAGGCCGGCGAGCUGGAGGAAGACACGUACACCUUCCGCGUGCAUGUCAGGCGGCCGGGACCCGGAGAGGAAUGGUCUGAAGCGUACUGGUCAGUCAAGGUUGGCAUGGAGCCAUGGCCCCAUGUGGCACUGACUGUGCCCUGGCGGUCGAAUGAGGCUCUGUCCACGGCCAGCCAGGAUGUGAGAGCUGUCGCCGAGGUCAUGGGCAGCAGCUCUUGUCCGGUGCCCAUAUGGACCUGGCAGUGGGUCUUGGUGAGUGCCAGCUCCACCAUCCUAGCGCUCCUCAGGACGACCAAUGAGUCGUCCUUGGAAGAGCCCCUGGGCAACACCUCGCUCUCGACGGCCGAUUUCAGAUCUCAUCUUCUGAGGUCGGGCCAUCGCUAUGCUUAUGCCCUCGUGGCCCACGAUGCCUCCAAUGCCGCGGCGCAGCUCCAUCUUCUGGAGAACUCGACGCUCCAGCAGCUUGAGAGUGUAGGAGCCUUCGUGUCCUGGUCUCACUUCUUCCUCGCGGAUGGGCCGCCUGCAUUUGGCGUGGUGGAGUCGACGCCGCGCUCGGGCUACGCCGUCUCCAGCUUGUUCACCCUGAAUACUUUCGGGUGGUUUGACGAGCUGGAAGAUGGUAUCAGCUACGCCUUCUUCCGCUUUCCGUUGGAGAACAUUCCAGGGCUCGGAGCAGAUUCCCUUUAUGAUGCUGCCCCGGGCAAUGACGUCGAAUGGCGCCUUCCCUAUACUGACUGGCACAAUGUGUCCAGCCCCGCCUACUUCCAGAGACAAGGUGGCCUGCUCUUGCGUCCAUGGGACAGAGCCAAGAGUGUCUCCGAUGUCAUCCUAGCCGCCGGCUCCUACUACUUGGUGGUCCGCGCGCGCGACGCGCUGGGAGCUGAGGGCGUGGCAUCUGUUCUUGGCCCGGUCGUGUCUGAACCUGCGUUCCUCAGCGCCACGGAGACUACCAACGCCUUGAAGGUAGCGGCCGCCUCCAGCGACGCGGACCGAAUCCUCAACGCUGUGGAUGCUGCACUCUCGGUACCCGUCUCCGAGGCUUUCGAAAGCUCACUUCUUGAGGCGAUGGAGGUGGCCGCCAGCGUGGUGGCGCCCAGCCCAGAGGCCUUGGAGAAGAUGAGCUACGCGGUCUCCUCUGUGGUGCAAGGAGGAAGGACAGGCAUGGGACUCCUUAUGAACAAGUCGCAGCUUUCCCAAGCCGCAGGCUUGCUGGACAGUUGCAUUGACCUGGCGCUGGAGAGCCCCGAGAGCGGUGUCGGGGUGAACCUUGGCGUGGCGAUGCUGGAAGGCAUCUCAUCCGUGAAUCUUGGAGCGCGUAUGGGCCAGAACAGCUCCCUCAACGAGUCCGCGAACUUGUCGACCAUGCUCGAGACGCUGGCCUCGAAGCUCGCAGAUGCUAGCCUGGCACUCAUGCGCCUGGGUGAAUCGAAGUCCAUGACUUCUUCCAACGGCGGCAGUGGCAUGGCCCUGGAGCUUUCCC